AUGAUGAGAACGGAAUACGGUAGUCUGGGAGAUAAUAAGGGAUUUUUCUCAGAAUCUCAGGAUCUCAGAAUCUCAGAAUCUCAGAAUUUCAGAAUCUCAGAAUCUCUGGAUUUCAAAAGUUCGGAAUCUCGGAAUAUCAAAAGUUCGGAAUCUCGGAAUAUCAAAAGUCAGAAUCUCAGAAUCUCAGAAUCUCAGAAUCUUUGA